AAAUCAAUGUGCUUUUAUUUACUUUUUAUUUAUUUACGGUAAAUUUUAAUGUAGUACGGUGGUGGCGGAACUUUCGAGUGGUAGAGCAACACGAGCGGACUGUAAUGUCAGCCCGAACCGUGGUGUCGAGCACUUUUCAAUGUAACACCUGCUGAAUCCAUGUGAGGUAAAUAUUUCAGCAAUUUCUCUGCACAUAAAGAUGCAGCGUCUGUACGUGGGCGGUUUAAGCCACUCAGUCACCCAAAAAGAUCUAACGGAUCGGUUUGGCAAAUUUGGAAACGUGGAAGAUGUGGAGCUCCGGACUCGGCGGGAUGACGAGGGUGUUCCCUACAAAACAUUUGCUUACAUCAACCUCACCAUUUCCAACACAGACCUGAGGAAGUGCAUGACAGUGUUAAACAAAUCCAAAUGGAAAGGAGGAACGCUGCAAAUUGAACCUGCCAAGGAGAGUUUCCUGCACAAGCUGGCUCAGGAGAGGCAAUUGGAGCAGCAGCGCCCCCGUCGGGAUACAGACGACAAACACCCAAACGCCCCCAAGCUUCUGGAGUCUUUCAGCAAAGCCGGUGUGGAAAAUUUCACAAUGAAGGCGGCCGUGCCGGGCACAGAAAUACCAGGACACAAGGACUGGGUGGUCAGUAAAUAUGGCCGCGUGCUGCCGGUCAUGCAGCUACGCCGCAAGAAAGGCACCAAAACCUGCACCAUCAAAUAUGACCCGUCCAAAUACUGCCACAACAUCCGGCGCUUGGACCCACGCACUGCCGACGCUGACCCUCCCACCCCCGUGGCCCAGCUCACCUGGCAGAUGAACAGCGGCGACGAUGACAUCAGCAGGAAGAGACGAGGAGAGUUCCCACCGUAUCGCCCACCAAAGCCCAAAAGGACUCACACAGAUGUCCUCGAAUCCAUUCGAGCUGCUACCCAAGCCAGACCGGCGCAGGUUGUCAGCUGCGCCAAGCUAAAGAAUCAUCAGCCGAUGAAUGAAUUCGUGCCGGCAAACGACAAGCGUCCGGCCCAGAGGAGAGAACGCGCACGUUACGAGGACAGCGAUUCGGAAGAGGAGAUGCGCCGGCUGGUGGCGCUUGAGCAGUCUUCCCACAAUGCACCGGGGCGGGACGUGCAGGACGACAACCUGGAAGUGGUGGGAGACGACUACUUGGUCAAGUUUGGAGGAGCCCGGCAGAAGCGUCGAGGCAGCCUGAUGAACCAAGAUGAGGACGAUUACGACUCUGCUGACACGGACGAACUCUUCACUUCAAGGAAACGUCCUGUUCCUCCGCGGGAGAACAUCUCAGGAGAAAGGACGGCAGCGCCGAAGAGAAAACUUGGAGAGCAGGACAAAGGGACAAAGAAAACAGCUGUUCUUUCCAAGGAAGCCGAGGAGGACUCUACUGGCACCGAGGAAAUGGCCACUUCCAGGAAGCUUUCUCUUCCUCAGAAGAAGAACAACAUCCCUGAAGAAAGAACGGGAAAGGCGAAGAGGAAAACCAAAGAAGACAACGGGGGUUCGACGGAGAUGAUGACCGUCCAUUCCGAGGAAGACGAGGACGAGACGGACUCUGCCGAUUCCGACUACGAGGCCAUGUUCGCCAACGUCACUCGUCUGGAAAUCUCCCUGGCUGAUCUCCAGAAGCUGGCCCAGGAAAGCCUGGAGAAGCGUCCUCCGCCGGAUGCUCGAGUCUCGCCGGCACGCGUCCCCAAGCGAGGAACACUGCCCGAGGACAUCCUGGCCGCCCUCCUGGGGGACGACGGGAGCGACGACAAACGGGAAGCCAAGAAGGAGAAGCAGAAAGGGAGGCGGGUCGCCAGGACAAGGCUUCCCCCCUUCCGGGGCACGGCCACGCUCGACGAAGAUGCGCUCAAGAAAACGGACGUGCCAGAAAACACCAAGGACAAGUCGGAUGGCUCUUCAUCUUCAUUCGACGAGGAGGCGAAGGCGGCAGCGGCGGUGCGCCGUCCGCGGCUGAGCCCACAGCGCGAACAGAAACAAGUUUCUCCUGACUCGGAGGAACUUCCCGUUUCCAGGAAACCUUCUCUUCCUCCUCAGAAGAACAUCUCCGAAGAAAGAACGGGAAAGGCCAAGAGGAAAAUCAAAGACGACGACGACGAGAGGUCGAAGGAGAUGAGCGUCCCUUCCGAGGAAGACGAGGAUGAGGUGGACUCUGCCGAAUCCGACGAUGAGGCCGUGUUCCCCAACGUCACGCGUCUGGAAAUCUCCCUGGCUUAUCUCCGAAAAAUGGCCAAGGAGAAGCGAGCUCCACCGGAUGCCCGAGUCACGUCGGCACGCGUCCCCAAGGGAGGAAUUUUGCCCGAAGACGACAUGCCCGCCUUCCUAGGCGACAGCAGUAGCGAGGACGAACGGGAAGCCAAGAAGGAAAAGCAGAAAGGGAGCACGGUCGCCAGGACAAGGCUUCCCCCCUUUCGGGGCACGGCCACUCUCGACGAGGAGGCGCCAAAGACGACGGGCGCGCCACAGAACACGACGGGCGAGUCGGAUGCGUCGUCAUCUUCAUCCGAGGAGGAGGCGGAGGAGGCGGAAGAGGCGGUGGCGCUGCGCCGUCCGAGACUAAGCACUCGGGAGGAAGAGGAGCGUCAGAGGAAGGACAACAAGAGGAGACUGGCGGCCGUCGAGCAGAGGCGAAAGGAGGCCCAGGAGCACAAGAAGCUGAUCCAGGGGGCGCUAGCCAACCUGGAUGCUGUGACUCCAAAAACGGGAAAGCACAUCGUCUUCAAUUUCGACGACGACGAUGAGCCCGCGGCGGUCGCCGCCGAUGACAGCGUUCCGGCCAGAGACAAGGCGCGCGCCGCGGCGUCAGGGCCUCGGCUUUUCGGCAGCAGUGAGGAUGAGGAGGACGGUGAUGACGAGGAAGACGGCGGCAGGUUCCACAUCAGGCCUCAGUUUGAAGGCCAAGCAGGACAAAAGCUGAUGGAGUUGCAGUCUCGCUUCGGCACGGACGAGCGUUUCCGGAUGGACUCUCGUUUCCUGGAGGAAGAGGAAAAGGAAGACGACAAGGAAGAGUCGGACGACGAUGGCGGUGCAGAGGUCAAAACAAGCGUGGCGGAGGAUGAGGACUUUCUGCAGGAGGAGAAGAGGAGGAACAUGUCGAUCCUCCAAGGCCUUCUGGGACAUCAAGCCACCAGCGCAAAGCCCUCCGCCAAGACCAAAACCUUCAGAGACGUGUCGGCGUUGCACUACGACCCCAGCAGAGAAGAACAUGCUGCCUUCGAAAGCAAAGCAGACAGCAACAAGAAAAGCAAGUCGGCACGACGGAAGAAGCGCGAGGAGGCUCAGAAGCUUCCGGAGGUUUCCAAGGAAAUCUUCUACGAUGUGUCGGGCGACUUGAAGGCCAUGUUCGGACCCGCCGCCGUCCAAAAGCCUGCCGAGCAGCCCAAGGCCAGCUGGGAUGAAGAGGAGGAGGAGGAAGAAGAGAAAGAUGAGGAGCAGCCCGCACCGGAAGAACCUUCCGGGUUUAUGUUCUCCUUCUUCGGCGACGAGAUCCAGACAGCAAGCGAACACAAAGAGUACAAGGCAGAGAGCAUCCAGGCCGCAAAGGUGUUCCGGUGGCAAAAAGACUCUCGCCUACAAGACAGCAGCGAGGAUGAGGAGGACGAAGAGGAAGUGCAGCAGGAGGAAAGCGGCGCGGCGCCUAAAAACACAACAGAGGAAAUGGUUUCAUCCUCAAACAAUUUCUUCUUCUUUCGCAUUGAUGACAGCAGAUUGUCAGAGGGUCCCAAGUGGUUCUGUCGCUCGUCUCAGCUGGAGGAGGAGCGAGAAGAGUGGGAGGAGCGACGGACGGAGCUCAGACAGGAGUACCGCAAGAAACACAAGGAUGCCUGCAGGAAGCUCAAAUCCUCACAAAAGACUUGAACGCUUUCAACUUCACACAAGAUUUUGUUUUUUUGUAAAUAAAAGGAAUAUACAACCUAAUUUCAGAGAAAAGCAAAUAUGAUUUGUCUAAUAAUGCAUAGCUAUUCAUUUCUCUUCUUUUGGCGUUUCUUUUCUCAGCUGUUGUCUUCCAUACCUCAACACAUUUUUUGACAACCACAAUGUGUCUUUGUGCCUUCAAGUAUUUUCAAUGACAUCAGCCAAAUAAAUGAGGAUUUGUAUUUUCCCA